AUGGCUCUGUGCAUAUAUAUAUAUAUACGAAUAUAUACAAACAUUCGAGUCGAUCUGUCUAGUGUCUAGUAGUCUCUGCGCGGCGGAGCUCUGCCUCGGGUUGUUCGAGUCGCAGUCGACUCGCGAGACCCCUCAACGCACAGCCCAUGUAUAUAAUUACCGCGUAGACCAUCUCUCUCGCGUGAGCGUCACUUGCAAUUAUGCACAAUAAUGAUUUAAUGAAUUCGCUCGUUACGACGACAGUUAUUACCGAAUAUCUCUGAGCAGAGGCUGUGGCUUGUAAUAAAAAAUAUUGAGAAGCCUGCGCAACAAUUGUACAAAGAUGGCUUAUAAUUUUCCUGGUAUGCCACCACUGGGCAUAGGACCAGUAAGUCAUUUGACAACAAUUCCUGGAACUCAAAGUUUCAUAGAUUUGUCUAGUCAAGGCUUUUCAACGCUUCCACCUCAAAUCACAUUACCAGGAAUGAAUGAUGCUUCAAUAGAAUUCAUUGCAAAUAAACAUCAAUCUCAAAUCAUCAGAGAGAAUUCUGAUGGCAUUGAGAGGAGAAAUGACAAAAAUGAUGCUAGAAGAGAUAGAGAAAAAGACAAUCGUGAUAUUGGAAGAAGAUCUAAAAACGAUCGUGAUAGACGAGAACGAGACAGAGAUUGGAGGGAAGAAAGAGUGGAUAGGGAACAUAGAGAUGAUAAAAAGUCUGAUGAUCGAGAGCUUUCAUCAAACAGUAUUCAUAAUGGACAUAAUAAUCAAAUGAGCGUUACAUCAAAUACUCCUGUUAGUAAUUCCUCUGGAAUGAAUCCAUCUAUAAAUCCUUCAACACAAGGAGUUUGGGGAAUGGGUAUUGGAUAUCCAGUGAUUGGAAUGGGUUCAAUGGGAUCCGUUGGAUCAAUAAUAGGAGAUAUGUCUCUUAGACCCCAUAUUAGUCAUCCUCAUCCUUAUGGAACCAUUGGAAUGAGUUUAAUUCCUCAUGAAGGCAAUAUGAUGAAUUCAUCAAUUUUAGGUUCCGAACAAAUUAUGAAUGAAAUAUCUAGUCAAAUGAAUACUGGUCCAAUGUCUUCAUCUACAGUAUCACAGGGUACCAAAGAAAUAAUCCAAUGUAAAAGUUGUACUUUAUUUCCUCCUAAUCCUAACGCUCCACCCCCCACAACGAGAGAAAGACCCCCAGGUUGUAGGACAGUUUUUGUUGGAGGUUUACCAGAGAACAUCACAGAAAAUAUUAUUCAAGAAAUAUUUGAACGCUGUGGUGAAAUUACAACUUUGAGACUCUCUAAAAAAAAUUUUUGUCACAUUCGCUUUGCAUCAGAAAGUAGUGUAGAUGCAGCCAUAUAUUUAUCUAGUUAUAGAGUAAGGAUUGGAUCUAAUGGAGAUUCUUCAAAUACUGGUAGAUUACAUGUUGAUUUUGCUCAGGCACGAGAUGAUCAAUAUGAAUGGGAGUGUAGACAAAGACAACUUCAAAGAGAACAAAGACAUAGAGAAAGAGUUGAGAAAGAAAGACAAAGGCAACCAUCUAGUCCUCCCCCUGUCAUUCACUAUACUGAUCAUGAAGCUUCAAAUGUAUGUGAAAAAAUCAAGCAAGAUGAUUCAUUUAUGAAAGCUGUACAAGUGGUCAUUACAUGGCUAGAGCGAGGAGAUUGUACAAAAAGAAAUGCCAAUACUUUCUAUUCAAUGAUUCAGUCAACAAAUUCUCACGUAAGAAGAUUAUUGACUGAAAAGUCAACUUAUGAAGAUGAACUUCAAAAAGCCAAAGAACUUUUAAAAAGCAGAAUGCAGGGAUUACUUAUUCAAUUCAGUCAAAUUGAACGAGUGUUUACUGCAGCCAGUCACAAGAAGGUUUGGGAUCAUUUCACUAAGGCUCAGCGAAAGAAUAUUGAGAUGUGGAAAAAGCAAUCAUUGGAAAUCAAAACCAUUCAACUUGAAGAAACUGCUGUAGAAGGAGAAGAUGAAAUGGAAGUAUCUGAUACAGAAGAUGAACCUCAGCGUAAAAGGGCACGAAUCAAUUUAGCAUUCCAUGAAGACACAGAGAAAUUUCAAAAUCUCAAAGAGGAAAAUGAUAGUUUACGUUGUCAAUUGGAAGCUUACAAAAAUGAGGUGGACAUAUUGAAAUCAGAAACAAAAACAGACAUUGAAGUUAAAGAAAAACAAAUAAAAAUGCUUCAACAAACACUAAAAGGUAUGCAAGAACAAUUAAUGCAGUCCAAAAAACAACAGGUUCAAGAUGAUCUGAUAAUCAAAGAUUUGACUGUUAAAUUAAGUAAUACCAAUAAAGAAGAGUCAGAUGAUAACGAAGUUAUUAUGUUAGAUAAGGAUGAUGAUGAAGUUAUAAAUGAUCAAUCAUAUAAACCUUUAGAAAUGCCAUGUAUAGUACAGAUGACACAAAAUGAUGCAAAACUUAUUGGUUUAAUUGCGACAUUUUUACACAUCCAUCCUUUUGGCGCUAGUCUUGAACAAAUAUAUUAUUAUCUUCAAAAAUUAGAACCAAAUGUAAAAAUAAAAAGAGUGGAAAGAUUAUUGAAACAAUUUUCUCAAACUUUCAAGCAAGAGGUAUAUGGAACUGGGGUAACAAGUGAAAAACGUUGGGUAUUUUCUGGUUUUGGUAUCAGUCAAAGUCAAAACAAUGUAACUUAAAAUAUUUAAAAUGUCUCAUGAACAAAGCUCUGUGAUUUUCUAGCUUUGUAUUGGUAUAAGCAGUUUAAAUCAAUUCAUGUAAUGAAUUUGUUAUAAAAUUGUUUUUAAUUAUUCAAAA